AUGUCCCCACUCCUGCACAUCCUCACACUGGGCCUGCCGCUUCUCAGCGCCGGGUCCUCCCCGAGCGUCCAGCCCGACCUGAGCGCUGACACGCUCUCCGCGGCAAAGCAGGCCUGCGCGGCACUGCGGCAGACGCUCGGCCCGUCGAUUGUCGCGAGCAGCGGGCCGGAGUACACGCACACCGCCGCGGACACAUGGAGUCUCUUCAACUCCCGCACGCACCCGACGUGCAUCGUGUAUCCGCGCACGUCGACGCACGUUCAAGCGGCGAUGGCCAGCAUCUACCAGUUCGGGUCCAGUAUCACCAACGGCGUGCUGAUCGCGUUUUCGCACAUGAACUCGACGGCGUACGACCCCCACAGCAAGACAGCAACUGUGCAGCCCGGCGUGCACUGGGGCGAUGCCCUCGACGCGGUGCAAUCGCAUGGGGUCUCGGUGGUCGGUGGUCGUGCAAGCGACAUCGGCACGGGCCUGCUUCUCGGCGGCGGAAUCAGCUUUGUUUCUCCGCUGUAUGGCUGGUCCUCCGACCUGAUCAAGGAGAUGGAUGUCGUGCUGCCCACUGGGAAGAUGGUGACUGCCUCCGAGACGAACGCGUACGGCGAUCUUUUCCAGGCGCUCAAAGUUGGCGCCAAUCGGUUCGGGAUUGUUACUCGUUACGAGCUGUACGUGGCGGAGACCGGCACGAAGGAUGACAAGAGGUGGUACGGUGGGAUCAUUACGUUCCCGGGUGACCAGGCGCAGGCGUUCAGCAACGCGACUGCAAAGUACAUCCGUGAAACCAAGGACCCCAAAGCUGGCCUCAUCUCUCUCAUGAACGUUCUUCCGACUCCGGCCAACAUCGCAUACAUGUUCUACCAAGGCAGCUCCCUCCCCAAAUCCAUCUUCGGCGACUUUCUCGCGAUCCCAGGCGCGAGCCCGGCAUUCUCGCCCCUUAGCUACUACGACAUCGAAAUGCUGAUCCCCGGCAACGGACGCGGGAACGGCAACCAGUUCGGUGGCUCCGCGUGGGUGGGCGACGAAGCCGCGUACUGGGCGGGCUAUCAGAAACUGCAGAGCUUCGCGGCUCAGUACGGCUCCAAGCUUCACGGUGCAUUCCUGAUCGUGUCGCCGAUCCCGGAAGUGCAGUGGCGGGCGUCGCGGAACGGGAAGAGCCUGGUCGGAAACCCGGGUGUGUCGUACGGCGCUAUCAACUACAACCUCGUGUAUCCUGCCGGUGUCUCGACGUUGCCUGCUGAUGCGGACGCGGGUUUCCAGCGCAUGCUGCAGGAAGCUGCUCAGAGCAAAGGCCUGCCUCUUUAUGUCAACGAGUGCCAUGCAAACCAGGAGGUCUUUGCAACGUACGAACAUUACGAUCUGCUUAAAAAGAUAUACGCCAAGUAUGAUCCGUCGCGAUUCAUUACCAAGCAUAUGCUAGGGCCCAAAGGUUUGUAAGCUGACUGAUUAAAUCGAUCAAGUAUGUUUCCCUGAUUGGUAGAACCUGGUCCCAUGUACAUCUCGAGACUUCCGUUUAUGUAACAUACGCUUCAGAAGCAAACAUGAAGGAGUAAACUGAUGGAGGUUCCUUGGACAAGUUGG